AUGUCGUUCGGUGCCGGGAUGGAUACCGGAGGAGGAGAUAAGAAGCCCCCACGUCGGCCGUUGAUACCAGUGAAUGUGAGGGUCUUCCACGAUGCAGUGACGCAACACUCAGGUGGGGAUGAUAUUGAAGUGUUCGGAGCUGCUGCGAGGGUGGUGGAGAUUCUCGGUAACGCUAGAGAUGUCGAACAUGAUGGCUUGGCUAUUCACUGGACCUUGGAUGACUUCACGGGGAGUGUUCGAUGCAAGAUGUAUCUCGAGGAGUCCGAUACCACUGGUAGAGAUAAAGUGAACGAAAUUCUCAAGAACGGGAAGUAA